GCUCGGCGUUGGGCGGGGUAGCCUGCUCAUCAGCACCCCAGCAGAAAGGGUCAAACUCUGGUAACCGGUGAUGGUUGUACCCAGUGUGCAGCAGUACCGGGACCAGAGUGAAUAGGGUGUGUAUGGGGAGCAUGAGUGGGUGUCCGGCGUGCAUUUUUGUAAGUCUUUGGUUGUAUGUGUAUGUGUGAGCAUGAGGGAGGGAGUGUAUGACUGUGUUUGUGUAUGACUGUAUAUGUCAGGUGACUCCUCCCCUCUCCUGGGACCUCCUUUGAUGACAUAGAUCCUAGUCUCCCCUCCCCCUGCCACACCUGGUGUGGGGUGUGGUGCCUUGGUCUCCCUGAGUGUUCGUGGCUCCCGGGUCAGGGGUUUUAAGAUCUUUGGUGCCUGCCUGGUCAAUCCCGGUGGCUGCCUGGUGGGGUCUGGGUCCCUGGGCUCUGCUGGGUCCCCGGCGUGGGUGGUCGCCCCUGGGUCCCGGGUCGCUGGGUACCAGGCUCGGCCGGCUAGGGGGUGGGAGGCGGCUGGCAGGCCUGUGGGCUUGCCGCUGAUAUCUCCCGGGACUCUGCCGGCUGAUGGUUGUGGCCCCCCGGGGCGAUCCUCUGCGCCUCUCGAGGGGGGCGGGGGGCCUUUCUGGUUGCAGUCCCCUUGGGGUUCCUGUGUUCUGGGGCAGCGCCUGGAUCUCUGGUACUUGGAGUUCCCCCUAUCAGGUCCCUGCUUCUGAUGCUACUACCCCAACAGAUGAUGGCUGAAGAGAUUACACUCUCAAAAACAGACUUGUAGAAGAUCUGCAGCAUCUUGCUACAGACAUUGAAGGACCUAAGCGUCCUCAAGAAGUGCAGUCUGCUGUGUCCCUUCUUGUAAGCGGUUUCGCUAUUCUUUCUCCAGUCCAGUCUGUUGUCCAGGUGACCUCCAAGGUAUUUGUAUUCUUCAACCUCCUCCACUUCUUCUCCCAUGAUGGAAACAGUGUUUGACUCCACCCUGUUUCUUCUGAAGUCUAAAAUCAUCUCCUUAGUGUUGUUCACAUUCAAGGUCAGAUGAUUGUUUCCACACCAUGCCACAAAGCUCUCCACCAGCUCUCUGUACUCAGCUUCCUGUCCAUCUCUGAUAUACCUGACAACUGCAGAGUCAUCUGAGAAUUUCUGUAGAUGACAGGUCUCUGAUUUGUACUGGAAGUCUGAGGUGUACAGGGUGAAAAGAAAUGGUGUUCAACAGAUGGUGCAGGUUAAAGAAGAUCCUGAAGAACAGAGUGCUGGUGUGGAACAGCAGGACCCACAACAUCUCCACAUAAAGGAGGAAAAGGAGGAACUCUGGACCAGUCUUACGGGAGAGCAUCUCUGUUUGAAGGAGGGGACUGAUUCUGCCUGGUUUCAAUUCAGUGCUGUUUCUAUAAAGAGUGAGGAUGAUGAAGAGAAACCUGUGGUCUCACAGCUUCAUCAGCAGCAAAUAGAAGACAAAGAUGUUCCAACCAGCAGCUCUUCUGACCAGAAGACAGCGGAAACUGGUGGAGGAGCAGGAACUAGCAGGAACCCAGAUCUGAACCCUCAUGAACAAACAUCUGAUUCUUCAGAGACUGAAGUUAGUGGAGAUGAUGAUAUGAAUCUAGACUCUGGGAUGUCAGACUCUGGGUCUGAAACUGGAGGCGAAGGCCAUGACUGGAAUGAGAAAAGGUCUUCUGAGUCAGAUGUUAAGACUGUCAACAUAUCCUUUAGCUGCCUUGAGUGCGGUGAACGAUUUCAUGACAAGCAGUCUCUCCAGAAACACGUGAGAGUAACCAGUCAUUCAGCAAUCAGGUCUUCCAUCUCUUUGGGUAAUAAGAAAUCGGUUGGACUUAAGCAACCUGUAGACUCAUAUAGGGAAGUCCAGAAAGAACUAAAAUCAUUUAGUUGUGGUGACUGUGGAAAAAUAUUUAGUACAAAAUCAAGUUUUAACAGACACCAGAGAAUCCACACAGGACAGAAACCAUUUGCUUGUGAGUUCUGUGGAGAAAGAUAUGGACAAAAGAAAAAUUUAUUCAAUCACAUGAAAGUCCACACAGGACAUAAACCUUUUGUCUGUGAGCUCUGUGGACAAACAUUUAAACAUAAGUCGAAUUUAAACGAUCACACGAGAGUCCACACAGGAAAUAAACCAUUUGUCUGUGAGCUCUGUGGAAAAAGAUUUACCCAAAAGGCAAAUUUAAACACUCACAUAAGAGUCCACACAGGACAUAAACCAUUUGUCUGUGAGCUCUGUGGACAAAGAUUUAAACAUAAGUCAACUUUCAACUGUCACAUGAGAGUCCACACAGGUCAGAAGCCUUUUGUCUGUGAGCUCUGUGGAAAAAGAUUUACCCAUAAGUCGAAUUUAAACGAUCACAUGAGAGUCCACACAGGACAUAAACCAUUUGUCUGUGAGCUCUGCGGACAAAGAUUUAAACAUAAGUCAACUUUCAACUGUCACAUGAGAGUCCACACAGGUCAGAAGCCUUUUGUCUGUGAGCUCUGUGGAAAAAAAUUUACCCAAAAGUCUAAUUUAAAUGCUCACAUGAGAGUCCACACAGGACUUAGACCUUUUGCUUGUGAGUUCUGUGGAGAAAGAUUUGAACACAAGUUGGAUUUAAACGCUCACAUGAGAGUCCACACAGUACAGAAGCCUUUAAUCUGUGAGCUCUGUGGACAAAGAUUUAAACAUAAGUCAGCUUUAAACCGUCACAUGAGAGUCCACACAGGACAGAAGCCUUUUGCCUGUAAGCUCUGUGGGAAAAUAUUUACCCAAAAGUUGAAUUUAAACACUCACAUGAGAGUCCACACAGGACAUAAACCAUUUGCUUGUGAGUUCUGUGGAAAAAGAUUUACCCAAAAGUCGAAUUUAAACACUCACAUGAGAGUCCACACAGGACAUAAACCAUUUGCUUGUGAGUUCUGUGGAGAAAGAUUUGAACACAAGUUGGAUUUAAACGCUCACUUGAGAGUCCACACAGUACAGAAGCCUUUAAUCUGUGAGCACUGUGGACAAAAAUUUAAACAUAAGUCAACUUUCAACCGUCACAUGAGAGUCCACACAGGACAGAAGCCUUUUGCCUGUGAGCUCUGUGGAAAAAGAUUUACCCAAAAGUCUAAUUUAAACACUCACGUGAGAGUCCACACAGGACAUAAACCAUUUGCCUGUGAGCUCUGUGGAAAAAGAUUUACCCAAAAGUCUAAUUUAAACACUCACAUGAGAGUCCACACAGGACAUAAACCAUUUGCUUGUGAGUUCUGUGGAGAAAGAUAUGGACAAAAGAGAAAUUUAUUCAAGCACAUGAGUGUCCACACAGGAUAGAAACCUGUUUGUGAGCUCUGUGGACAAAUUUAAAGUGACUGUAUGUAUUUUCCCUGGCAAUAGGGGGCAGUGCAUACAUAAAUGAUUGCAAACAAGUAGUAUUUUUGUGUUUGAGUAAGACCUUACCAAUGUAUGGUUAUUAGGGUCAAAAACCUCUGCACUAUUCAAACAUGUCUUGUCAGUUGACAGCAACAGAUUCCAAAUACAAAUAGCACACUUGAAAUGAACUCUAGACCUUUUAUCUGCUCAUUGUAAUAGGGAUAAUGAGGGAAUAACACAACUGGCCAUGGAACAGCUGAGAAGCCAAUUGUCCCAUUACUUUUGGUCCCUUAACAAGUCGGAGGCACAUAUGCUAAGUGUUGUAAUUCCUACACCGUUCACCUGAUUUGGAUGUAAAUACCCUCAAAUAAAAGCUGACAGUCUGCCUUUAAUGCACACCUUGUUCGUUUCAUUUGAUAUCCAUUGUGGUGGUGUAAAGAGCCAAAAAUGUUACCAUUGUGUUGAUGUCCCAAUAUUUAUGGACCUGACCAGUGGCGGCUGGUGAAAAAUAUUUUUGGUGGGGCUGUGCUAUUUUUUAUUUUUAAACAAACUUGUGCUUUCUGAGCUUUGUGCACAAAUCCACUAUUUCCUGAAUUAAGCACAGCUCUUUUAUUUCCUGUCUUACAUCAUUGGACAAACUGAUUAAUCCAGGUGUGUCUGACUAACCUUGCAGACCAAGGUUGAAAAAUACUAUAUUAAAUUGCACAUAAAAUAACAUGACCAUAAAUGGUAAAUAGGCAAUGCAAGAGGCAAGUAACAAAAACAUUUUGUUUAAUUUCAACAUUUGAGUGAACACGAAAAAUUAUGAGCAGGUCACUGUUACAGUAAUGGUAGUAAACACUACUUAGACAAAAUGCCAGAAAUUUACACUGUUAAAAUAUUUCUGGGGUGUUGUGCUACGGUCAACUUUAUACAAAGAUCAAGUGGAUGCAUUUGUGUGUGUGUGAUACCUCAUUUGUACAGAAAUUUUGCCCUUCUGUCCUUCUGAGUGGCAAAGCUCUCAAUGCCCUCUUUAUUGAAGUCAGGAAUGUUUGUGACAAGCUUGUUUUCCAUGGAGAGCAUGGCAAGAGCAUUCAGCCCAUCCUGUGUCACGGUGUUCCUCAGGAAAGUCUUAAUCCUCUUUAAAGUAGAUAAAUAAAAAAACAACAGAUAAGUACAUAGGAAACUUUUUCAUAGGAAAUAAUGUCAUCAGUAUCCUCUUACAAAUGUCAUAUUUCCCAGUUUUUGGGAAAAUAGAACAUUUCUGAUUCUCAAUCAGAUGUUUUUACAUUUGAAGUAAAAACAUCUAAUUGAGAAUCAGAAAUGUUUUAUUGUCCCAAAACCUGGGAAAUUUGUUUGCUGCAGCAGAAGUGUAACAAGUAAAAUGGAAUCAGACUGAUGUAUGUACAAAUUUACAUGAAAUACACAUUUACAUGAUUAAAUAUGUAUAAUAAGUA